AUGGUGGAUGCAAUAGUCUCAACUGCACUGCAGAAGCUCCCCUCCAUCCUUCAAAAUGAGCUGUCUUUGCUAACAGGCCUCCAAGGCGAGCUCGAAAAGCUUUCCGCCACAUUCGCCACAAUCCAAGCCAUGCUUGAAGAUGCUGAGAGCCGGCGGGUGAAUGAAAGAUCAGUGACAAUCUGGUUAGAGAAACUCAAAGACUUGGCCUGCUACAUCGACGACAUCUUAGACGAGUGGGGGACGGAAGCUUUCAUACCAAAAGACAGUGAAGACGAUGACAGCGGAUCUCUUUUCGGCAAGAAAAAGGUAAGCAAUUUCCUCUUCUUGCCUUUUUCUUGCUUCAGUCACAGCGUAUUACGCCACAGAAUUGGGAAUAGGAUAAAGGAUGUGAGGGAGAGACUAGAUGAGAUUGCUAAAGAAGCGAGUCAGCUGCAUCUUCGAGUAGAUAGUGGAGAGAGGGAGAGAGCAGAUAUCAAGGUGCGGCAGCAUGAAACAAGAGAGCGAGAAACAAGUUCCCAAGUUGAUGAUUCGGCGAUAAUAGGCAGAGAACAUGAGAAAAAUGAAAUAAUAGAAUUGCUGCUGAGAGAGAGUAGUCAAGAGGGAAACGGAGUGACUGUCAUUUCUAUCAUUGGCAUGGGCGGUUUGGGCAAGAUGACUCUUGCUCAGCUUGCUUACAAUGAUGAGAAGGAGCAUUUCGACAUGAGAAUGUGGGUGUGCAUUUCGGAGGAUUUCGAUGUGAAACGGAUCACAGAAUCAGUUCUCAAGUCUGCAAUUGGGACUGGUUGUGAAUCAUUAGACUUGGACCAGUUGCAAUGCCACCUUCGUGAACUGUUGCAAGGAAAGCGGUUCUUGCUUGUGCUCGACGACAUUUGGAAUGAGGAUAGUGAGAAGUGGGACAAACUGAGACUUCCCUUUCAAAAUGGAGGACGAGGGAGUCGAGUCAUCAUCACCACUCGUAGUGAAAAUGUUUCAUCGGCGAUAGGCAACACCCAAAUGCACAAAUUGCAGGUUUUAUCAAAUGAUGAUUGUUGGUUAUUGUUCAGCCAAAGAGCUCUUACAGAUCGGAGUAUCAAUGAGUGUUUGGAAUUGGAAAAGAUUGGAAGGAAAAUUGUAAAGAAAUGUGGAGGUGUGCCUCUUGCAGCAAAGACAAUAGGCAGCACCAUGCGCUCUAAAAGGACUCGGAGGGAGUAGGAGCUUGUCAUGGAGAGCGAAACAUGGAAUUCGCAUGAUGUCUUGCAGGCGAUUUUACCGGCUCUCUUGCUAAGCUACUAUAGCUUACCUUCCGCUCUAAAGCAGUGCUUCGCAUAUUGUUCUAUUUUCCCGAAAGGAUGGUGGAUAGAGAGCAUUGCUAGUCAAGUUAAGGGUAGCGCAAGGUUACAUCCACUCUGAUGGAAGUGGAGAUUUGGAGGAAAUUGGUGAAUUGUAUUUGGAAGAUUUGCUUAGGCGCUCGUUGCUUCAAGAUGCCGGGAACAUAUUCUGCAUUAUGCACAAUUUAAUUCAUGAUCUUGCACGGUUGGUUGCGAGAAGCGAUUGUGCAGUUAUGGACUUUGGAAAGCUAGACUCAAACCUACGCAAGGCCCGCCAUUGUUCUCUGGUUUGUAGAAGCAAUAUAACAUCUAUCCCAGCUACUUCACCUUUGUAUAAAGCCGAUAAGUUACGCACAUUCAUUCUCCUCAGAAGUUCAAUUCUCUCUACCUAUCAUUUGCCCACCGUCCCUAAUGAUCUUUUCCAUCAUUUGAGAUGUCUCAGGGCAUUGGAUUUAAAUCAUAGCAAUAUUGUAAAACUCCCACAGACAGUAGGAAAGCUGAUACACUUAAGGUAUCUUGAUCUAGCUGACACAAACAUGGAAGAACUGCCCCAAACCGUCGGGAAUUUGAAACACUUGAGAUUUCUUGAUAUAUCCCAUACUAAGAUACAAACAUUGCCCGAAACAGUGGGAUAUCUCCAUAA